AAAAAUGGUGAAACAAUACAACCCUAAAAUUUUUAGACCGACUCUCUCUUUCUACAUCAUCAGAAUUUAUCACCAAAUCUUCUCUCUCUCGGCGGUGUGAGAUGGCAAAGAACCAAGCAAGCCUUCUCCUACAGAAGCAGCUCAAAGGUCUCUCAUUUUUGUUCGAUUUUUUUGGAUUGAUUUGAGGGGUUUGAUUUCGGCUAUGGGUUUGGCUGAAUUGUUGUUGCAGAUCUGUGCAAGCACCCCGUUGAUGGUUUCUCAGUUGGGCUCGUUGAUGAGAAUAACAUUUUCCAGUGGAGCGUCUCCAUCAUCGGUCCUCCUGAUACUCUAAAUGAAGGGGGAUUUUUCAAGCAAUCAUGAUGUUCCAAGAGGAUUAUCCUAAUAGUCCACCAACGGUCAAGUUCAUCUCGGAGAUGUGGCAUCCUAAUGUUUACUCCGAUGGGAAAGUUUGCAUAUCUAUUCUUCAUCCUCCUGGUGACGACCCUAAUGGAUACGAGCUUGCCUCUGAAUGUUGGACCCCUGUCCAUACGGUAGAAAGCAUUGUGUUGAGUAUCAUAUCGAUGCUUUCGGGUCCCAACGAUGAGUCACCGGCCAAUGUGGAAGCAGCAAAAGAGUGGAGAGACAACAAAAUAGCAUUUAGGAAGAAAGUGAGUCGCUGCGUAAGAAAAUCGCAAGAGAUGAUAUGAACAUCUCUUCUUCUUGAAAUUAAGAGGAGAGCCUUGAGACGGGUCUGUAGCUUUCCUUUUAAUCUAGGAUUUAUAAUAUCUAUCUUUACACUUGGUUAAUGGAUUCGCUUUCAUGUUC